AUGAAUUCAUCUGUGAUUGAUACUAAACAGAGACAACAAUUACUCCCUGAUCGUUUUAUUGAAUUUUGCAAAGAGCUCACUAAUUUCUCAGAGGCCAAAAGCGAGAGUUCUUGGCGUUUGGAGGCCUCCAAGGAUGGUGUUUCAGUCUACACCAAACCAGUGGAGAAUGCAAGUACAGGCUCCACUGAAUUGGCCUUCCGGAUCAGCGGAACCAUCAAGAGCACGAUUCAGGAAGCUUAUGAAGCAACUCGACAGGUGCAUUUCAAAGCAAGAGAAAAGAAUAGUGUGGAAGAAGCGAGUAUUUUAGAAGAGAUCAUGAAUAAGGACAAUGGUGAACGAUUGGAUAUUACCUAUCAACGAACACACUCACCUAGUACAUUCCUAGUCUACAAGAGGGAAUUUCUCUCUGCGAGAUAUUUCUUUGAGGACUCUCCAGAAAAGAAAAUUAUAUUUGAAAAGACAAUCGAUCCAAGUCAAAUGUCUGAGACAGCGAGGAAAAACUUGAACAAAUUGAAUGGAGUGAAUGAUUAUGGCUGUAUCUAUGCUACUAUCUAUUUUCAAAUUAUUGAAUUCCAAAAAAUCAACAACGAUACGACACAGUUUGACAUUAUAAGCAAAGUGAAUAUGAAUGGAUGGAUUCCCAUGAAUUUGAUUAAUGCCUUGAUUAAGAUUGCUCCACAAAAAGCAAGAGAAGAUAUGGAAUCAUGCAUCAAGUUUUACAGAGAAUCAAUAAAAUCCAGUCAAUAUACAACAAAUGCCGAACAACUUCAAAGCAGUGAACAAUACAGUUUCGGAGGAAGAUUAGGAACCUAUGAUCUGUUCAUGGCAAAUAUUGUGAAGAGAUCCAACUCUUCCUCUCAAGAAAUUGUAGAUCAAACAAAGAAAUAUCUGGCACGAUCAUUCAACUCUACAUGGUGCGAUAUUCCGUAUGUCCACAAAGAGACUGGCGAAUUGUUGCGGCGUCGAGAAAUGUGCCUAGUAGAUAAUAAGAGCAUGAGAUUCUUCUCAAUAUGGGAUGGAUACAAUGUUUACCAAUUCAAUACAGAAUUCACCUCAACACCAAAUUCAUGGCAAUUAGAAAAUGGAAGAAUUAAUCUCACAGGGAAUUUACCUGAAGCUUGCUCUGGACAAGUAUUCGUUAUUGGAAACAACAAUUACGCCUUAUUUGUGAAUCAUCAAAAUAUUACGAGUAAUUCUUUCUAUACAAGCCUUAACAACACGACGUCCACAUAUCUGAUACAAGGAAAUAGCACCAUCUUUUUAAAUUCUCUUGAUGCUCACAAUAAUAUUAUGAAAGACUCAAGAUUCUAUUUCCGAAUAACCAACCAUCCAUCAGGAAGAGGAGUAAUUAUACGCAGUGAGAAAUAUAGUGACUUGUGUUUUUGUCAGCUCAAAAGAUAUCUCACGGUGGACAAAAUGUUCGAAGUGGGCUUAGCUCCUUGUGAUAGUUCGGAUCCUUAUCAAAAGUUCUAUUGGACAGGAGCAAGUAUCAUAAGCUCAGUGACUGUUGAUACUAGCUUAAUUCAAGGAAGUGAAACUAUGAAAUCCACUUCGUAUACACUGCGGUUUUUUAAAUUAACGUAUGGGCAGUCCAUAGGAUUAAUCAGAUACAAUGAGCGUCCAUCCAGUAUUCUCACUCUUUUACUUCUCACACCAGAGAAUGCAUUGAAAAAUCCCUACCAAUUCAGAGAAAAGCACGUACUAACUUCAUCAACAGUUAUUGAAUCAUUUUACAGUAACCAUGACAUUGUUGAGCAAGAUGUCACUCUGCAAAAUCAAUUAGCAACAGCAUCAAUGCCUUUCCGCUAUUCAGAGGCAUCUGUGAGAACAGAAUUCUGUAUAUGUAUCAAUGUGUUCCUAUUGAUAAUUGUACUUGUGGCAGUACAAAAUCUCGUAAUUUAA